CUCUGGUUCUAGCCGGGCAGGAGGCAAGUCACCCCACCCACUCGGGUUGCCUAGCUAGCACUGUCGGUACUGACCCUCAUGAACGUGAGGUCCCCAGUGGGGCAGCUAGGUGCACCCAAGAAACCUCACUCUAGAGUACCCGCACAAGUUCUUGACGUUUUUUGCUGAAGCCCCUGUCCUAGACUGGGGUGCCCCUAUGUGUUUCCACCAAUCGUAGGCAUUUGCCCCUCCCUUCUUUCUUUUUAGGAAGGCUUUGGAGUGUGCAGCAGCAACAACGGCAGUAAAGGGAUCCUUUUGUGCCAGGAGAAAAAGAGGAGGUGGGGGGCCGAGAAAGAGAAGGCAAGAGCGAGCCGCCUGGCGCGCUGUCAGACAGGGGCGGGUGUGAGGGAAACAGCUGUCUUGCGAUCAGGAGUAUGAGCCUCUCAGAGGACCGCAUGAGCUCCGGACACUUCAGGAGUCUCCAGCUAGUGACAUGGGCGAUAUGGAUCAACUCAUAAACAACUUGGAGGUCCAACUUAAUUCAGAAGGUGGCUCAAAGCAUAUAUUCAAACAGGUCACUGGCCCUGUUAAAAUUAGAGAUUCCCUUAAGGCAGCAGACAGAGGUAAUAUGACAUCUCCACCACUCCUGGAUGCCAACCCCAUGGAGAACCCAGCACUGUUAAAUGACAUCAAGAUUGAGCCCCCAGAAGAACUUCUGGCUAAUGAUUUCAACCUGCCCCAGGUGGAACCAGUUGACCUCUCCUUUCACAAGCCAAAGUCUCCUCUUCAGCCUGCCAGUAUGCUGCAAGCUCCAAUACGUCCUCCCAAGCCACAGUCUGCUUCCCAGACACUUGUAGUAUCCACUUCAACAUCAGACACAGGCACUUCAGCAAACAUCCCUACUGUUCUGACCCCAGGCUCUAUCCUGGCCUCCUCUCAGGGCACUGGUGGUCAGCAGAUCUUACAUGUGAUUCACAGCAUCCCCUCAGUCAAUCUGCCAAAUAAGAUGGGUAGCCUGAAGGCCAUCCCAGUGAUGGUGCAGUCACUGCCCAUGGUGUAUACUACUUUGCCUGCAGAUGGGAGCCCUGCAGCCAUUACAGUCCCACUCAUUGGAGGAGAUGGCAAAAAUGCUGGAUCAGUUAAAGUUGACCCCACCUCCAUGUCUCCAUUGGAGAUCCCAAGUGACAGUGAGGAGAGUGCAAUUGAGAGUGGAUCCUCAGCCUUACAGGGUAUUCAGGUACAAGAGAGAGAAGCCUUAUAAAUGCACCUGGGAUGGCUGCUCCUGGAAAUUUGCUCGCUCAGAUGAGCUAACCCGCCAUUUCCGCAAGCACACAGGCAUCAAGCCUUUCCGGUGCACAGACUGCAAUCGUAGCUUUUCUCGCUCUGACCACCUGUCUCUGCACCGCCGGCGCCAUGACACCAUGUGAGCGGCACAGACUGCACUAGAAAGAGCUGCACUGGUCUCUUUCUUGUGUGUGUGUGUGUGUGUGUGUGUGUGUGUGUGUGUGUGUGUGUGUGCGCGCGCGCAAUGGGAUCAUGACCAUCUUUUCCUCUUUGACUCAGCUUGCCUCUGGGAUGGGAUUGGAACAGUUCACUGAGCCAGGCUGACGAAACUGGAGGAAAAUAUAGCUGAUCUUCCAUAGGGACUCUUUAUAUUCCACGUUCAUUUCUCCACUGACCAGUCCCCAGUUUUUUCAACCUCCGCAUGGGUUGAAUUCCAGUGCGGCACCCAUGGUUGCCCCCCUCCCGUCCCUGUUAUGAGAUAGGACAUUUUUCCUACAAUAAGAAAACAGGAAUCAAAUUCAAGGCUGUGAACAAACAUACGCUGCUUUUUGUUCUUAUUUUCCUCUUGUUUUAUAGAAUUCUUAUCAUAUUUCUGAAUCAGUACAUCAAAGUGGUUGGUAGUGUCCUAAAUUGACUUUUUUCAAGUUCCUAGACAGAAGAGGGCAUAACAUUGUAGUUGGCUGGUAAGAUUUACAGGGAUUUGGGUCCUGAGUAUAGGGCACAUUCUCAGUGAAUAAGCUGAGUCCCAUACCAAGCUCCAAGGUUUUGUAAAGCCAAUCCUAUUUGUUCUUACAGUUUGGUUUUCAGACAGUGCUGGUGCUUCUUGCUUCUUUAGUCCAUCAAAGGGAAUGAAAGGAUCUUUUUGUUCUUCUCCUUUUCCUCCUCUUCUUCCUCCUCCUCCUUCAGGAUUAAAGAUUUUGCUGCACAAUUACAUUCUUUGUUUUGUUAAAUUUGAACAAAAAUUCAAAGCACACAUCGACGUGCCAGUAGGGUAAAAAGUGUUCCAGGAGAGUAAGUUGGGCAGUGACAGGAACAAGUAGACCCAGGAUGAUCCUGAAAACAAAUAGAGGAGGACUUUUUAUGGAUAGGAUAUCAAAAGUGCUAUAAUCACAAGUCUCAUUCAAAUGGCAAUCUGUUGAGACAAUGUCUUGAGGGGCUACACUGUACUGUUUAUUCUUCUGUUUACAUAAAGCAACUGUUAUGUGCAUAUUGCAUGAUGAGAAAUGACACACUGGGGCCAUGUUAUACAGAGGUGAGGGGUUGGAAGAAAAAAAAUGUGUUAAGUACAUGGCAUUAUUAGCAUGCAUUCCUAUGUUUCAAAUGGAACUAUAAGAGGCAUUUAGUGAAAACUGACAAACAGAAAGCAAUUUGAUGUUCUGCAACUGCUAUGAACAUCUAAGCCAUUUAUUUUAACCAUUAUAGCAUGUUGCAUAAUAUACACACUUGUUUACCCAAUCAAUGUUUUAUAAUAGUCUCUGGGACAUAAAACCCUCUGUUCCAGGCCCUGGACCUCAGAUCUACCUCCACAUGGCAUAUUUCCUCUCCUGGGGUCAGGGAGGGGAGGUUUGCAUCACUUAAUUGUGGACACAGCCUCUCUCCUGGAAAAGGUUGUCUUCAUACGGUACCCCUUUUCCUUGGCAGAUAUUCAACAAGUCUCUCUUGAAUACUUCAGGUCAUUACUUCCCAAGGCCACCUAGUCUGACUAAAUCAUAGAAUUCUAGCACCAAGAAGGGAUCCUAUUAGCUAUCUAGUCCUACCCAUCAUUAAUAUUUUACAGAUGAGACAAAUACGGGUCAGAUUCCUUCCCCAGAUGUUUCCUUGAGGCCUUACAGACCUGCACACCCAUUCUCCCAGGGAUCACAUUAUUAAACCAAAUUAAAGAAAAAUUUACAUGAUUGGUUGCAGUAUUUGUCCAAGUUUAUAUGUUAGGCUUCAGAAAAAUUUAGACCACUCACAAAAUCAUUUACAGCUGACUAAAUUGUAAGUAAAAUGUGCUUGUGGUCGUUGAUAUAUAACAUUAGGAACACAGUUUUUCUAUUCUAACACUUUCUAUAAUAUCUCAGGUUUGCUUUACCUCAUUUCAAGUUACAGUGUCUUUUCAGACCAUAAACCCUCAUAAAUUUAAGGACUACCUGUAUUUUUCAAAAUGAUAUGUAGAUUUUUACUAUUUUAGCCUUGUUAUUUUGAUAUAAGUUUUACCCUGACUUUAAGUGUGCAAGUUCCACACUGUAGACUAAUUGUUAAAGCACUAGGAAAUAUCUAGGGCCAAUCUGUUAAAGGGGACUUCUAUGCAGGUGUAAGACAUGUUGUUAAAGGUGAAUUGCCAUCAUACAUAAGUUAAGCUUAUAAUUGAGUAGUUGAUAUGGUAUUUCACAGUAGAGUCUAAGGGCUUACCCAUUUUCUCCAGAGUUUGGAUUUUAGACUCCUUUUCCAGAGUUCAUAACUGACCUGUGCCCAUCAGGAUCUUUUGCAUUGGAGCAUAUGAUCUAUUUAUAAAUAAAGACUAUAAAACAUAGUGUUGUACUAACUAGGAUAAUCAAAUUAGAAUUCCAAAUAUUGGUAUCUCUAAGUCUUUAUUCAAAUUUUUUCCUGCAAAGUAAUGAGGGACUUUGUUAAUGCUUUAUUAAUUGUCUAUGGUCAGGAAACAAUUCUAACCCUAUUUUCAUUGCUCUCUUCCCUCCAAAUAAUGAUAAAAUCUUUACAAAUUAUUUCCAUAUUCUUUAAGAAAUAUAUCAACAUUCAUUAAGAGUAUUUCAUGGAGCACAGGUACUCGAAUACAGUAUAAUACUGUACCACACCAAAAGCACAUGUAACUUUGCUAAAUAGACAGUGAGAUGGAAAAUAAUUGUCUCUCUUAGGUAGCAUUUGGAAUUAAUUGAAUUUGCUGUGCUCACACCAGCUAACCACCAUUAUGUGGACAGUUGCCUAGGGCAUGGAAAAUGGCCUUCAUCGAUAGGGUUGAAUAAUAUCUUGGAAUUUAUUGCAGUGGAAUUCCUCCAUUUGUAGAUGAUUGGCAAUUGAACAUUACUAUUGAUAAUUAUGAUUGGAAAAUUCAGGAAAAACUAUGAAGAAUAUGAACUGCUGAGUACAUUAGGUGGAGUGCAUUAUAGGCAAGACAGAAAGGUUUGUGAGAAUAAAUUCUUAAAUUCUUUUUAAAUAAAGUUUUUAUUUUAAAACAGUUUUAGAUUUACAGAAAAAUUCUGAAGAUAGUACAGAGUUUCCCUAUAUCUCAAACCCAGUUUUCCCUAUUACUAACAUCUUUCAUUAGAUGUACAUUUGUUACAAUUAAUGAAGUAAUGAUACAUUAUUAUUAAUUAAAGUCCAAACUUCAUUCAGAUUUUCUUAGUUUUUACCUAAUAUCCUUUUUCUUUUCCAGCAUCCUGUUCAGGAUACCACAUCACAUUUAGUAGUCAUAUAUCCUUAGGCUUCUCUUGGUUGUGACAAUUUCUCAGACUUUCCUUGUUUCCUAUGACCUUGGCAGUUUCAAGGGGUCCCUCAAUUAAUAUCUGUCUGAUGUUUUUCUCAUGAUUAAACUGAGCUUAUAGGUUUGGGGGAGGAAGACCACAGAGGUGAACUGCCAUUUUCAUCACAUCAUAUUAACAUGACUUAUACCCUUGAUGUUAAUCUUGAUCACCUGGCUGAGAUAGUGUUUGUCAGGUUUCUCCUCUGUAUUCCACCCCACCUUCCAUAAGGUGGAAGGAAAUCACUUCCAUAAGGUGGAAGGAAACCCUUUGGAAGGAAAUCACUAUGUGCAGCCCACACUUAAGGAGUGGUUAGCUAUGCACUACAUGCCUGAGGGUGAGUAUCUACAUAAAUUAUUUGGAAUUCUGUGUGGUAGAGUUGUCUUUUCUCCCUCAUUUAUUUAUUUAUGCAAUCAUUUUCUUGUAUCAGUAUGGACUUAUGGAUAUUUAUUUAGUACUUUGGGUUAUAGUCCAAUGCAACUUAUUUUGUUACUCAAAUUGUUCCAGCGUUGGUCGUUGGGCACUCUUUUGUGUUGAUUUCCAUGUUCUUUUGACAGACCCCCAUCUUUUUUUUAGCACACCUUUAUUUUCCAGCACUACAAGAUGCUGCAAGCUCAUCCUCUAUAUUUUUUUUGCCGAAUCCUGUAAUCAACCAUUUCUUUAAGGAGUCCUGGUUUCUUUUAAUGGAGAAUUGUAUUAGAAAUGAAGAUCUGGGCAUUAGGUAUGCUUGUUGCUACUUGUAUUUUUGCUUCUAAGUCAUCUCAGCUAACAGAGCAAGGAAAUAUAUGUGUGUGCACUAACCCAUGUAUAUCUAUACAUACAUAUCUACAAAUAUUUCUGUAUGUAAUCAUCCAUAUCUUUAUUAAGCUAAACAUGAGUUCAUACUGAUGUCUCCUACUCCAAUCCCUUACCACAUGGAUCAUCUUAUCCUAGCCUUUUGCCUUUGUUCACUCUAACCUUCCACUCCAACAGUGAGAAACCUGGCUCCCACACGUUGCCAUAUACUUACUUACUUGUUCAGUUCCAGAGUACCUGUAUAGUGGUAUCUGAAUUGUUAGCCUGUACACCUGUGGGAACACUUAGAACACAGUGCUUAUGUACAUGAUAGUAACAGUUUUAGAACUCUAACAGCUCUUUGAAACAAAGUGAUCGGCAAAAUUCAGGAGUUAGAGAUUUCGAUGACCUGAGUUCCAGGAACUUGGGGUGUAUCCUACCCUCAAAAGGUUUUCCGAAGAGCAAAACCAUUGGGAAUUGAUCUAAUCUUUAAUAAGCCAAGGGAAAUUAUUGAUCCUCCUAGUGUGUUAAUAGCUAUAUAGAAAUAGGUAUACUGAAGAAAGUAGCUGUGCCCAAUUUAAAGAAACACUUAGCACUGUCUUUUCUCACUGGUAAAUAUGGCUCUCUGACAAUAGAGGUGCUACCCUAAGUUACCUCUCUUCCAUAUUUUCCCAUCUCUCACUUUAUUGAUCUUAGGCAAGUCACAUCGCCUCUCUGUGCCUCAGUUAACCCAUCUGUAAAAUGGGGAUCCAAAUACCUACCUCACAGGAUUGUUGUGAGGAUUCUCAUUAAUGGAUGUUGGCAAAAAUUACAAGUGAUCCUUAAAUGAACAACAAAGUAUUAUGAUUACCAUUAUGAUGAUAAUUAUAGUACUCUAUAUUUACCCUAGAAAAAGGAGAGGAUUAGGCUUCCUGGAUGAUAAAGAGCUAAAUUUGAGUAAGUAAAAAGGAUAAUUGAAGAGUGGUCACUGGAAGCCAUAUUAUCUCUUCCUCUCACUUUCCCUACAUUCUCUUCAUUGCUAACUAUAAGAUUCUCAUCUGUUUUUAUACUCAAAGCAUAUUAGGGUCUAAAGGAAUAAGUAGGCAAAAUCCAUUGCUGUAAAAGCUGUAUUCUUCCCCUUUCCUCACUCUGCCUGGACCACAUUACAUGUCACCCUGUCAGAAGCACAGAGGCAAUCUCCCACAGCCCUUCAAACUUUGGCCAGUCCAGCAUCACCAGUUACAUUUUGUCUUUCCACACUUAUUAUAUUCUGAACAGUAUAGGUAGAAGGGAAGUGGGGUGGGGUGGUUGGGGUGGGAGUGGGACGGAAGAGAAUAGAACUUAUACUAGUGGCAGGAUAUUUCUUUGAUUCUCAAAUACUGGUUUUACCUCCCAUUUCUUUUUCUGGUGGUGGGUUGGGGACAGGGGGAGAGACACUAUUUUGUUUAUUAAGAAACUCUCCUUCCUUUCCAGUAGAUGUUUCCCAGGAUCAGUAUAAGUAGUUGUUUUGGACGUUAUAACUAUGUUGUAUGCAGUGCUAUUUUCAUUGUAUUUCUGAAUAAAAAGAGGAAGAGAAUCCCUAGUGGUGUCCAUCCUUGUUUUUUGACAGGAGGACACAGUGGGAAAACAGUGCCAGAAAUUGACUGUUCAUUUUUGUGUUGGGGAAAGGAGCCUGCAGUGAAAUGAUUGAUUGUUUUUUGUCAUUGUUUGUUUAAAGAAGUUAUAGAACAGCAUAUUAAGCUUUAGUAUUUAUAACUCAUGUCUCUGCCUUGUUAUUUCAGUACUUUAGAGCAGCACCCUGUUUUUUCUCUAUUUUAUACUAGUUCUUGCUCCAGUGACAUGGCUGUGAGACUAAGAUUGUGAGCAAUCUCUCAUAUUCAAGCCUGUUAGGUCCCUGGAGAUACUCAAAAACUGCCUCAGUUAGCAUGGUCACUUAUAGAUUACUACGUUCUCGUUCAAUGGGACAUUUCCUCUGUGGCAUCCAGGCAGGGUGUAUGUUUGGGAACUAAACAAUCUUGUUACGUUUGAUUAUUGUACUUUUUAUUAAUAAAAAAA